AAACUCGGGGGUUGUGUCCACAGGAACCCCGAGAAAAGUCGUUUGGGAUUUAUUUCCUCGCUGGCAGCCGGAUCUUUUCCUCACGGAAAGUGAAACCGCGGGAUCGGCGUCCCAGCGAGAUAAAACCUGCGUGGACAUGGCAGAGCCCGGCUCUUGGUCCGGCCGGCGUUUAUAUCCCGUAGGAGCGAAGGAAAUGCCGCUCGCUUGACUGGGGAAUGUUGUUUUUAACCGGGGCGCCGGGAUCGGGGGGGUUACUUGGACAUACGGACCUCGGCGUCACCUCGUAGAGGAUUUCUUCUCCACCUUUUUUUUUAUUUCCCUGAGAAACCGGCCAACCCUUUUCCCACAGUGCGGGGCGGCCCCGGUGCCGAGCGAGCUUGCGGUAUCGCUGGGGGGGUUGUUGUUUUUUUUUUGGCGGCGGGGAUUGCGUUACGCCGUGUCCCCCCCUCCCGGGACCGGCCAUGGCGUUGAAAGCCAGAGCGCUUUACAACUUCCAGAGCGAAAACAAAGAGGAGAUCAGCAUCCAGGAGAACGAGGAGCUCGUCAUCUUCAGCGAGAACUCCCUGGACGGGUGGUUACAGGGCCAAAACAGCCGCGGGGAGACCGGCCUCUUCCCUGCCUCCUACGUUGAAAUCCUCCGCUCCCGGUCGAGCUCCAACUACACGGACUACUCCGGCAGCCCGGCCGGCUCUCCCGGGCACGACUCCCCCUUCUACACAACCCCCGCCAACCCCAGCAUCUCCUACCAGGGCAGUUUUGAGGACGACGACGAUGACGACUGGGACGACUGGGACGAUGCUUGCACGGUGGUGGAGGAGCCCCGGAGCGCGCCGGGCACCAACGGGCACCCUUCGCCCAACCUGCAGUACCCGGCAGCGUACGGCCACCAUGAGCACGCCGGUUACCGUCCCAAGCCGGCGCUGGAGAGGCAGGACAGCAUGAGCUCCUCCAAGAGGGGCAGCGUGGUGGGGAGGAACCUCAACCGCUUCUCCUGCUUCGUCCGCUCGGGGGUGGAAGCCUUCAUCCUGGGCGACGUGCCCCUGAUGUCCAAGAUCGCCGAGGCGUACUGCAUCGAGAUGGGCUCCAAAGGUCCCCAGUGGAGGGCGAAUCCCCACCCCUUCAUCUGCUCCGUGGAGGACCCGACCAAGCAAACCAAGUUCAAGGGCAUCAAGAGCUACAUCUCCUACAAGCUGACCCCCAGCAACAUCAACUCACCCGUCUACCGGCGGUACAAGCACUUUGACUGGCUCUACAACCGCCUCCUGCACAAGUUCACGGUCAUCUCGGUGCCCCAUCUGCCCGAGAAGCAGGCCACCGGGCGCUUCGAGGAGGACUUCAUCGAGAAGCGCAAGCGGCGGCUGAUCCUCUGGAUGGACCAUAUGACCAGCCACCCCGUCCUCUCCCAGUAUGAGGGCUUCCAGCACUUCCUCUGCUGCCGCGACGAGAAGCAGUGGAAGCUGGGCAAACGCCGGGCAGAGAAGGACGAGAUGGUGGGCGCCAGCUUCCUCCUCACCAUCCAGAUCCCCACGGAGCACCAGGACCUGCAGGACGUGGAGGACCGCGUGGACGCCUUCAAGGCUUUCAGCAAGAAGAUGGACGACAGCGUCCUCCAGCUGACCAAUGUGGCCUCGGAGCUGGUGCGCAAGCACGUGGGGGGCUUCCGGAAGGAGUUCCAGAAGCUGGGCAAUGCUUUCCAAGCCAUCAGCCACUCCUUCCACAUGGACCCCCCCUACAGCUCGGACGCCCUCAACAACGCCAUCUCCCACACGGGCAAGACAUACGAGACCGUGGGGGAGAUGUUCGCCGAGCAGCCCAAGAACGACCUGUUCCUCAUGCUGGACACUCUCUCUUUGUACCAAGGGCUCCUCUCCAACUUCCCAGACAUCAUCCACCUCCAGAAAGGCGCCUUCGCGAAGGUGAAGGAGAGCCAGCGGAUGAGCGACGAGGGCCGGAUGGACCAGGAGGAGGCAGACGGGAUCCGCAAGCGCUGCCGCGUGGUGGGCUUCGCCCUGCAAGCUGAGAUGAACCACUUCCACGAGCGGCGCGUGGCCGACUUCAAGAGGAUGAUGCAGUCCUACUUAAAGCAGCAGAUCGUCUUCUACCAGCGCGUCAGCCAGCAGCUGGAGAAGACGUUACGCAUGUACGACAACCUCUAACGCCUCCGCUUGCUGCCCUGCCGAAAUCACGCACUUCUCUAUCCGCGGCCUUGCAGACCUCCUCUGUUUGUGAUGGGCUGAGAACGAACGGGAACUCAUGAUGCUAGUGACCAAAUACCUUUGGGCUUUCUUCCCCCUUCCCGGGCGGGCAGGCUGCGGUCCUGCGGGGAAGGGCUCGCCCGCGGGCUGGCCGUGCCACCUCUU